UUCAGUUCUCUCUCUCAGUCAAGCGACUUUUUUUCUUCAAAUCUUAAAAAAAAAAAAAAAAAAAAAUCAUCGAGAACACAAAAACAAGAAGAAAAUCAAGCAAACAAGAACACUCGUGGUUCUUUCCCUUUAAUUUUCGUCUUCAAAAUUUUACCUUUCAAUACCCCUCCAAAAGUCCAUAAUCUCUUCUCCAUCCCAUCAAUUUCCUUGAUCAAACAAAAGCUGCAAAACUUUAUUUUUAGUAAUUUAACGUUUAAAAUAAAAGAUUAAUAGUAGUAGAAUGUCUAACUCCGGCGGGUUCGCGGUGGCCCGAACUCACACGGGGGACCGAUUCUACAACCCGCCGGCGGUGAGGCGGCACCAACAGUUAUUACAACAGCAGCAGUUUCAGAGGCAGCAGCUACACAGACCGUUGCAAAAGGAGCUACAGGGACCGUUAAAGAAUGAGAGCCGAGAUGACUCGGUCGACUUAAUGACUGAGGCUUGGACGGAUUCGGACGAGUCUACAUUGUCGAGGCCUAACUCGGUCUGCCCUUCUUCACCGUCGUCGCCGAAGAAUGCCAAUUUGACAAAUUUGGAUCGGCUCAUGGAAUCGGUCACUCCUUUUGUUCCGGCUCAGUGCUUCCCUGAGGCAAUAUUGAGGGGAUGGAGAACUCGUGAAGUUGAUUUAUCCCCAUAUUAUUGUCUCGGUGACCUAUGGGAAUGUUUUAGUGAGUGGAGUGUAUAUGGAGUUGGAGUGCCACUGUUGUUGAACGGAAGUGAUUCUGUCAAGCAAUACUACGUUCCAUCCUUGUCAGGCAUACAAUUGUACGUUGAUCCACAUAGGCCUAGGCCUAGUGAGGAUAGGGAUGGUGAGCCUUCGAGGGAGACUAAUAGUGCUGGAAGUAGUGACUGUGAAACAGACAGUAGAGUGAAAAGUGGUGUUGAUGGAGUAUGGGGGCAGCACAACUCCCACAGGAUGAGUAGACCUCCUAUGAGUUCAUCCAGUGAUGAAGUAGAGGUUGACGAGUCGCCUGGGUUGCUGGUUUUUGAAUACUUUGAGCAAGAACAGCCACAUCAUCGAAAACCUUUAUAUGACAAGAUUUCAAGUCUUGCAUCUCAAUUUCCAGAGAUCAGGUUGUACAGGAGCUGUGAUCUAUUGCCAGCUAGUUGGAUUUCGGUGGCUUGGUACCCGAUAUACAGAAUACCUAUGGGUCCAACGCUACAAAAUCUGGACGCAUCUUUCUUGACCUUCCAUUUUCUGUCGACACGUACUCGAAAAAAAAGUCAGCUUCAGUAUCCUGCUUCUAGCAGUAGGAAAGUCUUUGGUGUUGAUGCAUCUUCAAAGAUUUCUCUACCUGUUUUUGGCCUUGCUUCCUAUAAGUUGAGAGGUUCAAUUUUGACUCUCAAUGGUUCCAAAGAAUGGCAGCAAGCAAGCUCUCUGUUACAAGAAGCUGACAAUUGGCUGCGCCCUUUACAAGUCCAUCUUCCUGAUUUCCAGUUUUUUGUAUCACAUAACUCACAGUGGAGAUAACAAAGGUACCUUAAACUUUCUAUAACAGCUCUUUCAGUUGUUUAGGAAAGUCCAAAGGCUCAGUUGAACAGAACAGAGAAUGCUUGUCGCUUCAGAGAUGCGCCAUAAGGGAAAAGGAGGUCAAAAUUUGCAACUAGAUUGCGUUUAUUGAAAUUGCCAGCUGUCAGAAAUGAUAGGUACAAGAGGCAGCUGUUUUAUCAUAUUCUCGAGCAGGGCCCAAGAAGCUAUGAUGAGCUCAUUGGAAUUUAUAUCACCACUCAAUUAUUUUGCUGUGUGGCUACUGGCUAGUUCAAGUUCUAUGGUCUUGGUACGCUUGUGAAUUGCCAGCCAAGCAGCCUUGUCUUUCUUCAUCAACAUGACUUUUUUACGAACAUUUGGAAAUACUGACCAAAAUUUGAAUGUCUGUACCAUAUCUGCACAUAUGCACCCAUACCUGUAGUUUCCAAAAAAGGAAAUAUUCGUAAGUUAUCUGGGUAUUCGUAAAUGUUUCUUGAGCUUUACAAUUCUGGAGUGCUGGUGAUUGUUGUUCCUAGUCCCAGUAACCAAGUUAUGAGCACUUCCAUAGUUUGUUUCACAACUUUUAUGCAGUAAAGUUUCCCAAGAUAUUGCUGAAGUAUCUCAUCUUUAGGUGUCUGGCUCAAAAGUCUGAAAUUCUACAUUUGGUGCCUUACCAUUUCUUUGGACAAUAUUUUUUUCUUCCCCAAAACACACGUUAGAAAAAGCAGCGUGCAGGUGACUCGCUUAAUAACAGAUGGCGGCAUAUGGUAUUUUGCAAAUUUAAUCCCAAAGCUUCGGUCAAAAACUAAUAAGUGAUAAAGGAAAUUCGUUUUCGUUUGCAUGCAAAAACCUACCAUCGGUUGCAGGAUAAAUGAACUGAGUCUGUUCCCUAAACAAAUCCAGAAGAUACAAGUCGCUGCCUCCUGGCUCCAUAGGAAAUAGGCCCAAAGGCCCGCCAAUCAGCCGCGUGCUUUUGGGUUGGGCCUAAACUUAUAAAAAGAACAUUUGUAGUUCUUCGGCUUAUCUAAUAGUAAUAGAUAAAAAAGAGUCAAAAGCAACCUUAUCCUUGAAAAUUGCGAAAACUCCAGAGUUGGGAUAAGCCCAAUCAGGAUUGA